AUGAAACAAUUAACACUUAAAAAGCAUAUACACAAUAAAGAAACUCAAAAAAAACGUAUAUUACCAAAUAUUUUGGUUGAAAAAGAUGGAAAAUUGAUCAUUAACCCUUCAUAUUACAAAAAUGAUUUUACGUGUUCACCUAAUUCUAACAAACUGGAGCUCGAGAGGUCAGUCAAAAAGUUACAUACUAUGGCUGAAAGCAAUAUUGAUUUUAAGCAUAUUAGCAUAUAUAUUAGUCUUGCUAGUAUAAGUGGUGGACCAGAAAUAUAUGUGAAACUUUACUGGAUGAAUGAAUUUGAAGCAACUUUCAUCAAGCGAAUCGUACCUCCAAAACAUUCAUAUACUUUUGCUUGGCAAUAUCAUCUGACACUUGAUUCUCAA